UCCCCAAGUAUGUUUCAUACUAAACUUCCAACAUUCACUCUGAUACAUGCUGAAUAUUUCGUUCGAUACAAGAACUCUGUCCAAGUGAUUAGGUCUUCUACACCUUCCUCGUCUGUAGCUUUAUCUUUGAUCUUUUUAAGUUCAUAGCAAAUGCUGACAACUGCGUGGCUGCAAUUUCCUGGACUGUACCAUGCCUACUAAAUCAAAAACAUGCAAAUCGUUGGUAGUUCAGCUCUGGAUACUUACUCCAGAUUCCGCCUAGAUGAAACAGCAGGUGCUUGCAGUGAGUCCAAGCUAUAUCGCUACUCAGCAUCAGGAUCCCCCAUGUUAAAUGAUUUGACCUUAAUGUUAUGAUUAUUACAAAGACAGGAAUAGCUGUCCAUAGUGUAUUUCCGACUCAGCAACCACCAGUGUGAAUCACAAGACUGUACACAACCAAUGAGAGACUUCUGUCUAUUCCAGGCACUUUCAUUUUUCAUUUGAACCCUAGGGACGGCACUAUGCCCAUGUCACUGACAAGUUCCAUAUUCCCAACUGACCAUCAUGGGACACGUGUCCAGAUAGUUGAGUCUUGGCUUCUCACUCUGCCAUAACCACGCCAAGUCCUCUCAGUCUUGAGUUCUCCUAUCUGGUUGAAUUUAGAGGGUUGGUUUCUGAACAGAAAGAUGCUGUAUGAUUAUCCUGGCUAAGAGCACAUAGGGAGGGGAUGCCAUUACCAUACAAUUAAUAGAUACCCAAACACCCAAUGGUGUACAGUAUUCUUAACUUUGACAAACAUUUCUACUAACUUUUACCGAAUGGAUGGUUAUUUUUGGUGAAUUGGUCAUUUUGGGGGAUGGUUUGACAGGGUAAUUGUACGGUGUCUUUCUGUGAAUGUAUCUAUAUAAUCUUCCUCAUAACAUUUUUUAAAGCCAAUCACUGUUCAGACUGAAGUAGUUACAGGCGGGCAUGUAAAUCCUCUGAUUGGAUAAGCCCCCCACAUUGUAGUGCACAGUUAAAUAAAAUAGAGCUUUCAGUAUUGGGGAAGAAAUGCAUGCUGUAAUCUCCAUUUAUGAUAACUGUAGGUGAAGACAAAUAGAAACUUUUGCAAUGUAUUUUUGAAGGCUCUUUUGUGGUUUAUUUGUUGUUGCAUAUUUUACAGCAUUAGGAUCUGUGGGAAAUUAUGACCACUGCAACAGGUCAAUGACGUUGCAAGGGGCAAGCAAUGCGGAAAAGUUUGAUUAUGUCAUGAACUUCAUGAAUAAACUGGCUGGAAAUGAGUAUGUGGGGUUCAGCAACGCCACGUUCCAGUCCGAGAGGGAGUCAGGAGAUCGGAACUUUGCCAUCGGCUACUACCUGAAGGAGAAGAAGUGCUUUCCAGAAGGGACGGACAUGACCUCCAUCCUGGAUUUCUACUUCCAGCUGUGCUCCAUCGAGGUGACCUGCGAGAGUGCCAGCGUCAUGGCGGCCACCCUGGCCAACGGGGGCUUCUGUCCAAUCACAGGCGAGCGCGUGCUGAGUCCCGAGUCAGUGCGCAACACCCUCAGCCUCAUGCAUUCCUGCGGCAUGUACGACUUCUCUGGACAGUUUGCGUUCCACGUGGGACUACCGGCUAAGUCAGGCGUGGCAGGGGGCAUCCUGCUCGUAGUUCCCAAUGUGAUGGGCGUCAUGUGCUGGUCCCCCCCUCUGGAUAAGCUGGGCAACAGCGUACGGGGAAUACAGUUCUGCACGGAUCUGGUGUCUCUCUGCAACUUCCACAACUACGACAACCUGAGGCACUUUGCCAAGAAGCUGGACCCUCGUAGGGAGGGUGGAGACCAGAGGGUGAAGUCUGUCAUCAAUCUCCUGUUUGCUGCCUAUACCGGAGAUGUGUCUGCACUGAGGAGGUUCGCUCUGUCCUCCAUGGACAUGGAGCAGAGAGACUACGACUCCAGGACGGCCCUUCACGUGGCGGCAGCUGAGGGACAUGGUGAGGUGGUGCGUUUUCUACUGGAGGCUUGCAAGGUCAACCCAGUGCCCAGGGACAGGUGGGGCAACACACCUAUGGAUGAAGCGGUGCACUUCGGCCACCAUGACGUGGUGACCAUCCUAAAGGACUACCACACCAAGUACAGUCCCCAAGAGGCAGCCGACAAGGACAAGGAGACCGCAGAGAAGAACCUGGACGGCCUGCUGUGAGGCCACCCCCCCACAACGACUCUCUUUGUAAGACUUUCUGGUGUGGUUCCUCGUCACGUGUUGAUAUCUGUACCGUUGGUUUUUGUAAAAUAGUAUUUUCAAGGAAACAAGAAAAAAAAAUAUGGAAACCUGGUUCGUUUUUCCCCUAAGGUUUAUUUUAUGUUUUUUUCUUUUCUCGCUAAUGUUGUUGGUAUUAGUUUGUUUGGCUUUCUUUUAUGUAGUACUGCUCACGUUGUGCAACUCUCCCUCAGUGUUGGCACUAUGUGGAAUGUAUCUCUGCAUUCAAGUGCACCAGACAUAAUCCAGCAAUGCAGCAAAGAACCAACACAAUUCGGAAGAAUUUGGUGCACUGGCGUACCCAGUUUGCAACUCUGAUGCCCGGACCACAAGUAUACCACAUCCAUGUCAGUAUAUGUAAUAGUAACUGUAAACAAAAAGGAAAGACCAUUACUCAUCUGAAGAAGAAAAACACCCCAUAAUUCCUGAUCUGUCGAGUCUAUUUAUCUUCAUGUACCACAGUGUGUAAACCUUGACAUUUAUAUGAGGAAAUGAAACUGUACAUUCAUGUAGUGUGUACUGUAUAUUCCUGAGAUUACUUUAAUAUCAUAGAGGAUAUAUAAGUAGGACUUUUAGUGUAAAUACUAUUUUAUCUGUAGUUAAGAUGACACACUGAGAGCAGGAGGGGAAGUCUAAGUUGCAGCUGUUGGGCUCUGAAGCAGUGAGAUUGACCUGUCUCUAAACAAAGACCUCUAAUCUUAACAUGUUUAAAUAGCAUUCAUAUAACUCAAACGAUGGUUUAUUAGCUUUUAUUGUUUGCUAUCUGAUCGAUAGCCAUUUUGCACAGACCCCCUAAAAUAACAAAAUAUUUGUUUAUGAUUGUCUUUUACGAUGCUGUUUUGUUUGUGUAGAGGAACACAAGGGGGUGGAUGUAACUUAGUCAGCCAAAGUUUGCGUGUGUUUGCUCUUCUACAUCAACUUUGGAUGAUUAUAACAGGAGCAUAUCAAUUUGAUCUGUUAGAGACAUCAUAUUUGUUACAAAUGCACCUCUCCUGCACCUUUAAAGAAAAUCCUGGCACUCAAUGACAACAGUGAGCCAUGAGCAGGCUAUUUUCUCACCUGCUUACAUUGCAAAUAGAGAACCUGUAGAAUGCGCCAUUGUUUACAAGAGACUGUAGUCAGUUUUAGAGGACAUUGUACACCCCCUGGUCACAUUAUACGUUUUUUUUUUUUUUUUUUAAGGUUCGGGCAUAGGCCUAGUUAUUUUAGCUUUCAGUGCAUUACAAUUUGGUCUUCAUUUGAUCACGUCUAGAGGACUUUGGAAUGGUGGACAUAGGAUCUUCCUUUCUUCAAGUGGAGAUGAUGAUGGUUUUUAUGUACAAGCUCAACACCACCACCAACUGAUGGAGCACUUUUUAAAAACAGAGCUACGCACAUUGAUUGUUCUAACUGUUUAGAGUAAGAGGGAAAGGAGAAACGUCUUAUACUUGAAAAGUCAUGCAGUGCAUCCAGUUAUCGCUUUGUGGAAGCUAGUUUGUGUCUGUGUGCUGGUGUGAUUGGUUAUCAAACCAAAUCUGGUCUAGAGAACGGUCAAAAUCUCA